CAUGCGAGGGAUCGGAAUACUUUUCUGUUUUCGUCCUGUUACCGAGUGGAUAUGUAACUAAUCGGGUUCCUGUUACUGUGAAGAUCAUGUACGAUACACAUCACUCACCGUGUUUGCCAGUAAAGGAGAAACAUUAUAAGAAUAACUAAAUUGUCCAUUUGCACUGAACAAGACCAUGUCUGACAAGACCAUGAACCAAACAUCAGACCUUUCUGAUGCACAUGGAGGUCCUGUAGAGGAAAACCCGGGCACUGGGUUAUUAGAUGUGAAGGAAGAGGAUGAGACGGACAACGUGAAUUGUCAUCAGACUGAAAUAGAUUUGUCCCUCCCUGCCGACAAAGAUAACACUAAUAUAGUAAAAGUUGAGAUAAAAGACAAUCUGUGUGUGAAGCGUCAGCUGGGAGCAUCGGAUGAGGGAACAAGUGACAGUAUCAGCUCAGACGAAAAUAACGCUGAUAUAAUGAAAGUUGAGAUAACAGACGAUCUGUAUUCGUAUGAUCAGGUGAAGACUGAGGAGGAUGAAGUUCCUAUAAAUACAGAUCGAUCCAUCAGCUCAGAUAUUCCUGGUCAGAGUGCAGAUGCUUCUUUAAGUCUCGUUGAAGGUCAAACCAACCAUAUCGGAAAUAAAUCAUUUCUAUGUUCUGUUUGUGGGAAACGUUUUACCAAGAAAUCUCAUCUCAUUAAACACCAGAAAAUUCAUACAGGAGACAAAGCCUUUUCCUGUUCCAAAUGUGGUAAAAGUUUUACUCUGAAAUCAUAUCUUAUUAAACACCAGAAAAUCCAUACAGAAGAGAAAGCCUUUUCCUGUGCAAUAUGUGGGAAAUGUUUUAGUCUGAAAUGGGAUCUUAUUAGACACCAGAACAUUCAUACAGGAGAGAAAAUAUUUUCUUGUUCGGUAUGUGGAAAAUGUUUUACCAGACAGUCAUCUCUUAUUACUCAUCGGAAAAUACAUAUCAGUGAAGAAGUAUAUUCAUGUUCUGAAUGUGGGAAAUGUUUUAACCGGAAAUCAAAUCUGAUAACCCAUCAAAAAAUUCAUACAGGAGAGAAAGAAUUUUCAUGUUCUGAAUGUGGGAAAUGUUUUAGUAAUAAGUCAAAUCUUAUAACUCAUAGGAAAAUACAUACAGGGGAGAGAGCAUUUUCAUGUACUGAAUGUGGGAAACGUUUUAGAAAUAAAUCAAGUCUCACUUCUCACCAGAAAAUACAUAUUGGGGAGAAGCCAUUUUCAUGCUCUGAAUGUGGGAAAUGUUUUAAUCGGAAGACGCAUCUUAUUACUCACCAGGCAAUUCAUACAGGAGAGAAAGCAUUUUCAUGUUCUGAAUGUGGGAAAUGUUUUAGAAGUAAAUCAAAUCUUAUUGAUCAUCAGAAAAUACAUAAAAAAGUAAAAAAGAUUUUCAUGUACUGAAUGUGGGAAAUGUUUUAUCUGUAAGUUAAAGGGACACUGAACUCAAUUUUUUUUCUUUUGUGAUUCAGAUAGAGCAUGCAAUUUUAAGCAACUUUCUAGUUUACUCCUAUUAUCAAUUUUUCUUUCUUCUCUUGCUAUCUAUAUUUGAAAAUUAAGUUUUUUUUUUUUUUAGGUUCAGACCUCUGGACAGCAAUUUUUUAUUAUUGGUGGAUGAAUUUAUCCACCAAUCGGCAAGGACAACCCAAAAAUGUGCCGGCAUCUAAACUUACAUUCUUGCAUUUCAAAUAAAGUUACCAAGAGAAUGAAAAUAAUUUGAUAAUAGGAGUAAAUUAGAAAGUUGUUUAAAAUUUCAUGCUCUAUCUUAAUCACAAAAGGAAAAAAUUGGGUUCAGUGUCCCUUUAAGUCUUUAGUCGCAUAACAUUAAUACCAGAGAAAAAGCAUUUUCCACUGACCUUUACAAUGUCGCAUCACAGAUUAAAGGAAAAGAUGCUAAAAGGACAUGAAGCCCAAUAUUUUUCUUUCAUGAUUCAAAUGGUGCAUAUCAUUUUAAAUUGCUUUCCAUUUUAUUUCUAUCUGUUUUGCUUCAUUCUCCUGGUAUCCUUUGUUGAAGGAGCAGCAGUGCACUACUGGGAGCUAACUGAACACAUAAGGUAACAAUUGAGCUAUAUGUUCAUCCAUCAAUCAGCAGCUAGCUUUCAGUAUUGCAUUGCUUUUUCUUAGCCUACCUAGGUAUGCUUUUCAACAAGGAUACCACGAGAAGGAAGCAAGUUUGAUAAUAGAA